AUGCCCCCUUUCAUCAGUUUCGAGAUUAUACGUGUAACAAGAUACUGGCACAUCUUGUCAUUUGUGUUUGCCAUUCAGGAGAUCAACCAGAACCCCGCAUUCUUACCUAACAUCACUCUGGGUUACAACAUCUACGAGACCUAUUUUGAUGGGAAAAUCACUUCAGAUGCCAUGAUUGACCUUGUUGCUGGAGGAGGAACUAAUAUUCCAAAUUAUAACUGUCAAAUAAGGAAUAGUCAGCUGGCUGUUCUUGAAGGAGCUGAAUCUGGCAUCUCCAUCCACAUUUCAACCAUGUCAAGCAUCUACAAAAUUCCACAGAUAAGUUAUGGCUUUGCAGCUCAUGUUCUUGAUGACAAAGCCCAGUUCCCGUAUGUCUACCGGAUGAUCCCAAAAGAAGAAACCCAGCUCUCAGGGAUUAUCCAACUGCUGCUGCAUUUUGGUUGGACAUGGAUCGCUCUCUUAGCUCCAGAGAAUGACAAUGGAGAAAGGUUCAUAAGAGCUUUGACACCUCUGAUGGUCGAAAGAGGGAUUUGUGUUGCUUUCUCGAAAAGAUUGUCAGAGCCAACAUCCUUGGAAAGGGUGCACAAAUUGCUGGCCGAACAGAAUGAAUUGGUUGCCAAGUGGGGGCAGGUCAAUAUAUUUAUUUGCUAUGGGGACUCUCAAGAAAUAUUCUGUCCUCUCACCAUUACGCACGGAAUUGGCAGCAAAGUCUGGAUUACAACCGCUUUUCAAGACAUCAACUUGAACUUGUCAUAUGAUCAUGACUUAUUCUUGUACAUCCAUGGUUCGUUGUCCUUCUCCGUGAAGUCGAGAAAAGGGAGCAAUGCUGAUGAUUGCGACCCCUUUUCCUCCAUCACAGAACACUUUUGGAUGAAUGCUUUUCAUUGUUCCUAUUCAAAGCAUGUGUUUUCCUUGAAAAGAUGGACAAAAUGUACAGAGAAAGAGAAACUGGAGGUUCUAGAUCAGGAGAAGGUUGAGGGAACCCUGUCUCAAGACAGCUACAGUACUUACCACAGUGUCCAUAUGGUGGCCCUGGCUCUUAAAGCUGCCUAUUCCUCCAGAUCCAAGUGGAUAUCAGUGGUGCUUGGAAGACAUCGGUUGGAGGAUCAAAGGAUCCACCCAUGGCAGCUUCAUUAUUUCUUAAGAGAAAUACCUCUUUCUAAUAGUUCUGUAGCUGGACACGAGAAUGGGAAGAUUGCUGCUGGCUUUGAUAUUGUGAACUGGGUGCUGUUUCCUAAUAAGUCUAAAAGAAGCGUGAAUGUUGGGAGCGUAGAGGCCCAAACAGGCUCUGAUGUAAAAUUUGCCAUUAACUCACAGGCCAUUGUGUGGCCCUUGAAAUUCAACAAGACUGUGCCUCUCUCCAGGUGCACUGAGAGUUGUCGCCCUGGCAAUGCCAAGAAGAGCCAGGACGGAAAGCCUUCUUGUUGCUAUGCUUGUGUUCCUUGUCCGGAAGGAACCAUCUCUUCCAAGGAAGAUGCAGACCAUUGCACGACGUGUCCAGAAGACGAGCAUCCAAACAAGGACCGAGAUCAAUGUGCUGCCAAAAGUAUAACCUUUCUGUCCUAUGAAGAACCUCUAGGGAUCACCCUGGCUUCAUUUGCUGUAUCCUUGUCCAUCAUCACAGCUUUUGCAUUAGGUAUUUUCAUUAGAUACAUGGACACUCCAUUAGUCAAAGCAAACAACCGGGACCUUUCAUACAUUCUCCUCAUCUCCCUCCUGUUCUCUUUCUUGUCCUCCUUCUUAUUUAUUGGACAGCCAAAGAAGAUAACCUGCCUUCUCCAGCAAAUGGCCUUCAAUGUCAUCUUCUCAGUUGCCGUCUCUUCUGUUUUGGUUAAAACAAUUACUGUGGUGCUAGCCUUCAUGGCAACAAAGCCAGGGAACAGGAUGAAGAGAUGGCUCCGGAAGAGUUUGGCCAACUCCCUUGUCGUUGCAUGUUCUAGCAUUCAAGCUGGCAUUUGCACUAUUUGGUUGGGCCUCUUUCCCCCAUUCCCUGACUCUGACGUGCACUCCCACUUUGGUGAGAUCACCCUGAAAUGCAAUGAAGGGUCUGUAUUCAUGUUCUAUGCUGCCCUUGGGUAUAUGGGCUUCCUGGCUGCAAUCUGUUUCACAUUGGCCUUCCUAGCGAGAAAGCUGCCUGGGUCCUUCAACGAAGCCAAGUGGAUUACCUUCAGCAUGCUUGUCUUCUGCAGCGUUUGGGUCUCCUUUGUGCCCACCUACCUAAGCACUAAAGGGAAAUACAUGGUAGCUGUGCAGAUCUUCUCCAUCUUGGCCUCCAGUGUUGGCCUACUUGGCUGUAUCCUCAUUCCCAAGUGCUACAUUAUUGUGUUAAGACCUCACUUGAACACAAAGGAACAUGUCAUGAUCAAAACUGUGCAAGCCUCUUGA